AUGACCCUUGACUUAAGAUGUUAUUUAACCUAUCUGUGGCCUUACCACCAGCCAUUUUGGCUUGUCUUCUUUCUUGUAAGAUCUUUCGUUUCUCUUCUGGAGUCAUUGAAAAAUCGCACACCUGGAGAUUUUGCGAAGUUGGUGAUAAUGGAGGAUAAACUGAUGAGCUAUAGUGAACAACAAAGAAGACAGAUUAUCAUGAAUUCUUUGGAGAAUAGAGAUUAUUUGUUAAUAAUAGCCAAUCAACAAAAUAAAUCUGUCCAACAAGUAAAAUAUGAAUUAAUGGAGAAAUUGGUAAAAGGUUAA